AUGAAGGUUGCCCUUGUCCUGUGCUUUGCUGUCAGCACUGUGCUGGCUCAAGCUCCUGUUCCCUGCAACUCGCCUCCACAAUGGGAAGGAAGGGAAUUGAGAGUUGAUUACAGUCAAAAGUACGAGGAAUAUCGGCGAAUCUUCUACGAUGAAACCAACAAGCGAACACGUACUAUUGCUGAGGUUGAGCUGAAUAGCACAAAGGAAUUCUACGAUGUUCUCGAUCUCUACUCAACGAACCAGCGAUACAGCAUCAACAUGAGGACUCGUCAAUGCAAUGUAUCUGUAAUCGACAGACCCUUCCGCUACCGAGGUGUCCACCCCAACGCAAAAUUCGAACAGUUGGUAUCACUUGGAAUCACAGGAUUUACUGGAGAGAACAUCCAGUUAGCUAUUUUCUCUGCCAAUGAAACUGAUGAAUUUUACACCGGAACUGUUGCUUAUCCGGCAUGUAUCCCCGUCACCAACAUUCAUAUCACACAGAAAUACGGUUUUGAGCACAAUGAUUAUUUCGACAUCACUGCCGGAAUUUCCGACCCGAUGGCUUUCGUACCUCCAUCAGAGUGCACAAAAUCUUAG